AUGAGUAAAUCUGUACUAAUUACUGGAGGAGCAGGAUUCAUCGGCUCGAAUUUGGCAUUAGCCUUAGUCGCAAAGGGAUAUUCCAUAAGCAUUCUAGACAAUUUAUCUCCUCAAAUUCAUGGAGAUCCUGACUCAUCAGAAUUAUAUCAAAGCAUCAAAGAUAAAGUACAUUUUAUAGAAGGUAUCAUGCUAGACCUAUUAGCGAAUACCAAGCAUCAAGUUCAAAAAGUAGUAGUAGCUUCUUCGAGAGCGAUUUAUGGAGAAGGCAAAUAUUGGAGCCCUAAAGCAGAUCAAGCAGUAUAUCCUGAAGGAAGAACAGUUGAAGAUCUUCAAAAGGGAAUAUUCGAACCUAAAUGCCCUAUUACAAAAGGGCCUUUGAAUUUGAUGCCGACCUGUGAAGAAAGCAAGAUUCAUCCCAAUUCAAUUUAUGGGCUCACAAAGUACAAUCAGGAACAAGCUGUUCUUAUUGCGUGCAAAGCCAUAGGCAUCAACGCAGUUGCAUUCCGAUAUCAGAAUGUUUAUGGACCUGGUCAAUCAUUAAAGAAUCCUUAUACCGGAAUUCUUUCCAUUUUCUCAACUCGGAUAAAGAACGGCAAGGAUAUCAAUAUUUUUGAAGAUGGACUUGAAAGUCGAGAUUUCGUCUAUAUUGAUGAUGUGAUUAAUGCAACGAUUUUAGGAAUCGAAAAUGAAGGCUCAAUUCAUGAUGUUUCAAUGUAG